GGGAAACAAAAGAGCCCGAAUGUGCAACGGUAAGUUUUCAUUCAUAAAAAGACCGGCAAAAUUUAUCAAUGAACGAAAACGCGCACUUUUGCAACUAGCUACUCGUCCGGUGUAGACGUGCUUCUUUGUACCAUUCGUUCGUCCGUGUUCGUGUGUGUCCGUGCGUGUCCAGUGCCCUUUGUCUUUUUGUUAAUUUAAAAGAAUCAGCUUUUAAAGCCAUUUAAAGGGCCAUCAAAGAAAAGUUGUUUUUCAGAGUUUUUAGAAGUUGGUUUUAAUUUGUUCCAAAAAAUGUACACCAUACGCGAGGAAACGUUCGAGCUGGUGAAGGAGGUGGUGCUCAGUGAGGAGGAUCCAUCCGCAUGCGGUGCGCUGGUGCCAUCGAAGCUUACAAGCCAUAUAGUGUGGAAAGACCACCGAAUGGUGGAUUCCGUGAAUGAAAUGUUGGCUGAGCUCAGAUUGACGGACGAUCUUUCCAAGCUUCUGUUUGCACACUCGGCGGCGUCUGGCGCGACUUUUGCCCCUGAAUUGUCACCAACCGAUUCAGAUGGGUCGAGCAGUUACUCGCUCUUCAGCAGUGGCUCUUCCGAGCUGGAUAACGAAAACAUGAGGAUGGUGUGGAACGAGCUGGCCAGCGAUGAUGCCCAACAGGACGGGUGCGAAUUCUGCACAAUCGAGCCGAGUGAUAGACAAUUCUAUGUCAAGCAUCAGACUUAUGUGAACGGAAAGCUCUGCUGUCCUGUACUGACGGCUUGGGAAAUAUCUCAACGUGACACAGCGGCUAAAAAAAUUGCCAUUAAAGAGUAUGGGUUGUGUUUUAAAACCACCAAACAGCAAAAGUGCAGCAAGAACUGAAAACCUCGAAAUUGUACUUUUUUUUUCUAGAUUCCGACAUUUUUAUAUUCAUUAUUUUAUUUCACAUACGGCUGUUGGUUAGUCAAAGGUUCUAACUUUUGUAGGAUUAGGCAUUUUUUAUUGUACUUAGCCAAAUGCAACACCAUGUUCCUUAUUUAUUUUAAAAAUUUCUCACAAUGUUCGUACAAUUGAACCAAUCGAUAAUUGCUAGGCCAUGUUUUAAAUAUUCACUCGUAAUUUAAUGAUCCUACACCACUAUGAAUUAAAACGUAUGAAAUGAAUUAUAUAUUUAAAAGUAACAGAAGCCUUCUUUACAGUACAAACUGCAAAUACAAACUAACAAGAUUAGGGUAGUUUAAGGAUGAUAGAAAGGGCAAACUAGUUAGAUAGGGAUUUUUAACGAUAUUGUUAUAUGAUAUUGAAGGUGAUGGUGUUGGAGAAGAGCAAACAAUCAAAUUCGAUACAUUAGUUUUCAAGACAUUAAUACGUAUCAUAAAAUGGAAAUUAUAAAUCAAUCGCUACAAUUACAAAACAAAGGUAUUAUAAUUGUUUCAUAACCCAGAUACAUGAUUAGAACAAACGAUUCAAAGAAAAAAGUAUAGUAAAAAAGUAAAAGAUUAGAAAAGGGUAUUAUAUAGAGGUCUUUAGAAUUGUAAAAUGGUACAGGAUGAAAAGAGCAUCCUUCUGUCAUGAGCGAUAUAAUCAACAAUCAAAAUAUAGUAGAUUAAAAUCAGUUUUCUUAUGUAAGUAAACCAAUUUUGUAACACUUUUCAACAAGGAUAACAUGUUUUUUUAAUUGUAAACGUUAAAGUUGUUGUUUUUGUAUUAUUAUUUACCUCUCUCAACCAUUUAAGGCAAGUGAUUUCUUGAUGGACGCUUGCAAAUUGAAGAAGAGAAAAAAAACACACACACACGUAAACUGCA